AUGGAGCAAGAUCAAAACAAGAGAAUGAUCCUCCAACUUCUUCUUGAGGAUCUGGAUGACCUCGAAAGCAGACAGAAAGGAAAACAGACCGCAGGAAAAGAAACAGAUCUCGAACUUGCCAUCGCAUGCUUGAGGGAGAAUAUCCGGACCACACAGAUCUCUAUCAACGAUGAGAUAUUGGCACUUAGCACGAGUACUGCAAUUGCCACUGACCAAAAGAUAUUAGCAUCUCUUCAACACGAGGAAAGAAUUGCCAACCAGGACCGUCAGUUCGCUCUCGAUCUGAGCAAUGGAACCUCGACCUCUAACGACAUUUCAAAUUCUUCGACAGUACACGAGAGUACAUCGCUAGACGACGAUGACGACGCCGUUUCUAUUGUUAUGGGGGAUCUCAUGGGCCGGAUGACUAUGAGUGAUAGCGCAUCUAAUAACGGGGAAGGCUCCUCGCGCAUACAUCCAUCUCGAACAACCAGCAUCAUGAAAGAGUGUGCUUCCUGUUACACAAACGUCGAGACCAUCAUAUUCAAGGGUCCAUGUGGCCACGAGUUUUGCCGUGACUGCACAAAACAGAUGUUCCUCGGUGCUAUCAAAGAUGAGGAGCUUUAUCCGCCUCGUUGUUGCGGCAAUGUUGUGCCACCUGGCGUUGCAUUGAGGGUUCUCGACUACGAGGAGCUUCGAAAUUUCGGUGAAAGAGCCCUUGAAUGGACCGCAAAGGACCGCCUCUACUGUGCCGAGCCAACAUGUUCGAAAUUCAUUCCUCCAUUUGCUAUCCAACAUGAGCACGGCACUUGCCCCGAGUGUCACCGGCAAACCCACGUACCAUGCCGCUCCCUUGCCCACCCUCGCGUCGAUUGCCCAAUGGACGAUCCUCUUCGUACUGUGCUGGAAAUUGCGGAUGCCGAAAAAUGGAAACGAUGUUUCAACUGUCGAACUAUGGUAGAGCUUCACCUUGGCUGCAACCAUAUGACAUGUCGGUAA